CCGCUGCUACCUACUGCAAGGAGAGUAGGAUGCGGACAACAUUAACGCGAACGAUCAUGCAUAAACGAUUUCCAAUAUCUGUACUUGGCUUCGUGUUGAUACCUUUGGUCUCUGGACGGAUAGACAACUCGUCGUGGCCAACAAGCGGAAUGUCCCACUACGAGAUAUCCUCGCUCGCGUCUUCUCCCUCAAUAAACAAGUGUCCACCUUGUUUCAAUUGUCUUCUUCCAGCGUUCACCUGCGGACAAUUUGGUCACUGCGACGAAUACGAUGGACAAUGUAAAUGUCCUCCAGGCUGGGGUGGGAUAGAUUGUUUGCUUCCCCAGUGCGGUUCCCUAGCAGAUGGCGUAGAGAGGCCACUCCGAGAAAAUGAUCCAUGUCAAUGCAAGGAUGGCUGGGGAGGUAUAAAUUGCAAUGUUUGCAAGACCAACGAUGCCUGCGUUGGUUUCCCAUUAGCUGGCGGCAUCCAUACCGAUAUGGUAGAUGAAAAUGUCGCAAACAUGACUUGUUACACUGGCGGCGAGACUGUUUUUAGCAAUCACCAAAUGUGUGACAUUACUAACCGCAAGAUCUUGGACAUGCUCCCCGACCGCCCCCCGCAAGUCACAUUCAGUUGCGAUAACUCCACUGCGACAUGCAGCUUUCAGUUCUGGACCGCACAAGAAGAAUCCUUUUAUUGUGCGCUGGACACGUGCUCUUCUGAGGCCCAACCGGGAUACGACACGAACACUACAAUCUAUGCAUGUGAACAUAUCAGAUGCAAAUGCAUUCCUGACAAGUUCCUUUGUGGAGAGGACGGAAGUGUUGAUAUUAGCGACUUCCUGACAGAAGAAAUUCGUGGACCAGCGACUUUCAGCUGUAAGACUUCUGCUGGAUGUAGGUUUGAGGAGCCCGCUAUGAAUAAUCUAAUCAACGAUAUCUUCGGCGAUGCAUACAUCACCCUCCAGUGUGCAAGUGGAGAAUGCUUGCAUUACUCUCAAGUUCCAGGAUUCCAUCCCAUACCAAAACCCGACAACACCAAAUGGAUUGCCCUGAGCUCUGCCGGUGCAGGUUUGAUUGUUGUCCUGACUGUUGCAAUUCUUUGGUACGUCGGUCGAUCGCGCAACGGUGGUGACUUCGGAAAAAUCAGGCUGCCGGAAAACGAAGCUUCGAAGCUCAUGACAGACCAUGUCCCUGCAUCCCUCCAUUUUUCGAAUAUAUCUUACUCUCUUGGCAACCGCAUAAUCCUCGACAAGAUUUCUGGGGCCAUCAAGCCGGGUCAAGUCAUGGCAAUCAUGGGUGCAUCCGGCGCGGGUAAAUCUACCUUCCUUGAUAUCCUCGCUCGCAAGCGCAAGAUGGGCCAAGUCAGCGGCACGACACUCGUCAAUGGGCGAGAGGUCGCGGAUGCGGAGUUCAAAAAGGUGGUGGGUUUUGUGGAUCAGGAGGAUACAUUAAUGAGCACAUUGACGGUGUAUGAGACCGUGCUGUAUUCUGCGCUAUUGCGACUCCCGCGAGAGAUGAGCUUAGAGGCGAAGAAGUACAGGACACUUGAGACGAUGAACGAACUUGGUAUCCUGGGUAUCAAGGACUCGAGAAUCGGUGACUCUGGACGCCGGUCAAUAUCUGGAGGGGAAAAAAGACGCGUCUCGAUAGCCUGUGAAUUGGUCACUAGCCCUUCGAUAUUGUUUUUAGAUGAGCCUACAAGUGGAUUGGACUCUUAUAAUGCCUUCAAUGUUGUCGAGAGCCUGGUGACCCUUGCACGCGAUUACAAUCGGACCGUUAUCUUCACCAUUCACCAGCCUCGCAGUAACAUUGUCGCCUUGUUUGAUCAUCUUGUCCUCCUCGCUCAUGGGAAAAUGGUGUAUGCUGGAGAAUUCGCCAAAUGCCAAGAAUACUUCGCUAGCAUCGACCAGCCAUGUCCACCAGGCUUUAAUAUCGCGGAUUAUCUCAUCGACCUAACAGUGCAUGCUGGACUUGAACCACGAAGCCCGGAUUCCCCUUCUAAUGAUGCGGUAUCAUCGACAUCUGGUGACAACCUUUUAGAUGAGGAGCGUGCCUUUGGUGCGUCGUCUGUACGAUCACAAGGUCGCUCUUCCACUGCGGUGGAGGAAGAAACUGAGCUCCGAACCCGUGGCAUCUCUUUCACAUCCUCAAUCAAACGCAAGACCUCGCAGCUUCUGGAAGCUGUCCGAAGCUCACCAUCUGGUAACAGCACGCUUGCUCCCAAACUUGCGCAACUUAUCGAGGCGUACUCUACGAGUGAAGUUGCACAGUCGAUCAAGGCCGAGACAGAGGAGGUUGCUACUGCACAGCGUGGAGCUGAUGCAUCACAUGCGGAUGGUGAACUGCGAGACGUUGUGGUUGAAAACUCUUUACUGCGGGGUCGGAGAAGAGCCAGUUGGGGAACUCAGUUUAAGAUUUUGAGUGGUCGGGCGUUCAAGAACCUCUACCGUGAUCCGGCAUUACUAGCAGCUCACUAUCUAUCCUCCGUCGUGCUGGCUUUGAUCUGUGGCCUCUUUUUCCAUAACGUCAGCAAUGACAUUGGAGGCUUCCAGAACCGGCUUGGCAUUUUCUUCUUCACAUUGUCGCUCUUCGGCUUCUCGUGCUUAUCUAGCCUUGGAUUAUUCGCGAACGAGCGAGUCCUUUUCAUGCGUGAAAGAGCAAACGGCUACUAUUCGACCUUCACUUACUUCUCUUCAAAGGUUUUGUUUGAUAUCCUGCCACUCCGCUUGGUGCCUCCAAUUGUCUUUGGUGGCAUUGUUUACGGCCUAGUUGGUCUCGUGCCCACAGUUCCGGCUUUUUGGAAAUUUAUAUUGACGCUCGUCCUAUUCAAUUUGACAACAGCAAGCGUGAUCCUUCUAUUGUCGAUAGCAUUUGCCAGUACCAGCGUGGCGAGCUUAGUUGGCACCUUGGUCAUGCUUUUCAACCUCCUCUUCACAGGCCUCCUGAUCAACAGGGACACUGUCACACCCGCUUUGCAGUGGUUGCAUACCGUCUCAUUCUUCCACGCUGCUUUCGAGGCGCUUGCCGUGAAUGAACUGAGAUAUCUACAAUUGAAGGAGAUUAAGUAUGGUGUUGAAUUGGACGUUCCCGCGGCCACCAUUCUUUCGAUAUUUGGUCUUAGAGCUCAGUCAUUUUGGUGGCCGAAUAUAUCCCUGCUUGGUAUCUUCUUCGUGGUAUUUACGACUACGAGCUUCCUCAUGCUGCAUUUCUUCGUAAAGGAAAGACGGUAAACGUCCUUUCUUGUAUGCACGUUCGUGAAAGACGAUAUAAUAAGAUAUCUCUACUCAUAUCGUAUUGUAUGAAUACUACAAUAACAAUACAUUUUUUCAGCGUCCCAGGACAAA